AUGGAAUACAAACUGUUGUCGAAAAAGGAUGUGAAAUCCGACGUAGGUACCCACAGAGGACCUCUGUGAGAACAGUCCUCUAAUUGUACCAACAGUGCUCCGGAUCAAAACCCCAAAACCACUUGGGAGGUUCGUGAUGUACAAUGAAUUUCAUUUUAUGCGGAGCGAAAGAUGAAAUGGUGUGGGACUUUAUGUUAGCAAGUUUUAGUCUUACAAAAGAGUGUGAUAACGAAAAUAAUUUUUACCAGCCUUUGCACACAAAUCAAAUAUAUUGUGAUCAAUGACUCUCCCCCCCCCACCCCCGCGCGCUAUCAAACGAUACCUCUUUGAUGAUUUAUUUUCUUUUAACUUUGUUUUUCCUUUCUAUUAUUUUAGUUGUUUCAGCAUCCUGUGAAGCGCAGUGGACAGGUUUUGGUUCGUCGUGUUAUAAAAUACACUCUUAUCAGGACUGGAGCAAUGCGAAACUGAACUGCCAAAAUUUUGGUGGUAAGUUAGUGAAGAUUGAAUCUGAAGACGAAAAUCACUUUAUAAAGACAAAAUAUUUAAGUGGAGGAGGAGGUCGAUACUGGAUUGGACUUUCUGACCUUGGUAAUGAGAGUGACUGGAGAUGGACUGAUGGAACCGGAAUAACUGGUUACGAAAAGUGGCGAAGUGGCCAACCGAAUAAUCAUGAGGGUAACCAGCAUUGCGGAGCAAUACUAAAGGGAAACUACUAUAGUGCGAAUUACAACGCAGAAUGGAACGACGAAAAGUGUUCCCUAACACUGGACUACAUUUGCGAAAAGUGA